AUGUCCAUACCGUUUGGGUUCGGCUACACGGCCAAGACGGCAGGCCUAGAUCCCAAGUUGCGUCCGCCGCGUCUCGUGCCGCCAUUCUGGCAACUUCUCGGAUUCAGUGUCUUCUUUGGCGCUGGUGGUUACAUGAUUGAGCAGGGCGACGUACUAAACGGCAGCGGCGUCCUUUCGGCAUGGUCGCUCACGUACGUGACCUUUGCUACGCUUCCGGCACUCCGUCACAUGCAUCGAUCUCCCCUUUCCAUGCUUCUGUCGGCCUCGGUAGUGGGUAUGGGUCUCGGCAUUUAUGCCAACUAUUACUUUGACAAGGCCAGCUGGCGCGGAGCUAUUCCUGGCCUGCUGCCCAAGCCCAAAGCCUCUUCGCCGGAUCAUGGGAGCAAGGGUAUAUUGCAUGUAUGA